AUGUUGCUGGAAGAUGAUAAUGAAAAAAAUAAUAUUAAUUCAAAUAUUUUAAGAAAAGAAAAUGAACCUCAUGGAACUAUUAUUAAUGAUAACUUUGACAUUACUUCCUCAUCGAAUUCUCAUAAAGUAAUAUUUACCAUUUCUUUAAUAAAUUAUAAGAUUUUGGCUGUGAGCGAUAAUGCUUGUCAAUUAUUAAAUUUAAAUUGUGAUAAUUUGUGCUCAAAGAAAUUUUGUGAUUUUUUUCAAGAUUCUUAUAAAAACAAAUGGUUUCAUUUAAUAAAUUCAUUUUCAUUUAAUCCAGAUACGGAUAAAUUAAAGAAAAAAAAAUUGGUAGAAUUCACUCCUAAUAAUCAUGAGUCAAUUUUAGUAUUGUUAUCAUUAAGCAAACUCAAUUGCCUGACUAAAUGUUUGGCAAUGGUGGAACCUAUCGAAACGAGAAAAAUAUCGAUAUCUAUUGAUGAGAAAGGUAUAAUUUCUUCUUUAAAUGGUGAUACUUCUUUUUUAUUCGACUAUGAUUAUUCUGAAUUAAUGGGAGAUAAUAUUUGUAAAAUUAUUCCCGAAUUCAAUUUUAAAAACUUAAGUAUUUGCCAACGAGAUAUAUUUUUUAAACAGUACACAACAGCAAAAACCAGAGAAAAUGUUACCUUUCCUUCAAUACUUAAUUUAAUUCCAACAAUUCAAAAUUCUGUAAUAUUAAGGGAUUUGAAAGGGAAUGACGAAGAUGAACAAUCAAAUAUUAGUAAUGGAAUAAUUUUAAAUAAUUACAAUUUAGAAAAUGAAACUCAAUCUAUAUGUAAUUAUGAUUUAGAAAAAAAUAUCAUUGAAAGUGAGUUAUCUACAAAUAGUUCAAUUAAUGUAAAAGAUUUUACCAAAAGCAGUAAAGACAGUGCAAAUGAAAAACACAUAACUGGUUUUGGUCUUCAUCGAAAUGGAAGAUACUUUGACGUUAAAUAUCAUGUUAAAAAAUAUGUUUUAAACGAAGACAUUUUUUAUAUUAUUUGUUUAUCUUUAAAUUUGACAAUGAAUGGAAAACCUGCUGAUGAAUCGUAUCGUCUAAAGAAUAAAUCUCCCAACAGUUUGUCGAUUAAAGAAAAAAAUUAUAAUGAUUCACAUUCGGAAUCUAUUUGUAAAUUGACUUCUGGCAACUAUUCAAAAUAUUAUACUAAUAUUACGGAAAUUAAUAAAAAGGAUUGUGGUGGUGUUAAUAUGGCGUUUAGAAAUUCGGAUGGACUUUUGGUUAUUACAAAAUUUAUUAAACGGCAAGAAAAUAAUAAUAAACCUUGGAUUUACGAUGUUGAGCUUGACAUGAAAAUUCCAUUGGAAAUUAGCUUACUUAAAACUUUAAACCAUCCGAAUAUAGUUAAAGUUGUUGAUGUUUUUCAAAACGAUUAUUUUUUUCAACUCGUUAUGGAAAAACAUGGAGCAGGACUCGAUUUGUUUGAAGUUAUUGACAGAGGGUUAAAAUGCGAUGAAAAAUUAAAAAGUUACAUUUUUCGUCAGGUGGUUUCGGCCGUAAAUUAUUUACAUUCCUUGGGCAUUCUUCAUAGAGAUAUAAAAGAUGAAAAUAUUAUAAUCAAUGAAAAAUUCGAAGUUAAAUUAAUUGAUUUCGGAUCUGCAACGUAUACGUCAUCAGAUACGACUUUCUCAAAAUUUUACGGAACGUUCGAAUAUUGCAGCCCUGAAGUUUUACUCGGCAACAAUUACAAAGGUCCAGAGCUUGAGGUAUGGGCUUUGGGAGUAACGUUAUACAUUUUAACAUUUGGCGAAAAUCCAUUUUGUAACGUUGAAGAAACAAUAAAGGGAGAAUAUUCUUUACUUUUUCCAAUAAGUAACGAAUUAAAUAAAUUACUAUCGCGAAUGUUGGAUAAAAAUUUAAAUACGAGAAUAACGGUAAACGAACUUGUCCAAAAUGAAUGGGUUAAUCAACCGAUUUCUAUCGAUCUUUACAAAUUCGAAAAUGUUGUUUGUUGUUGUCGGUAUCUCUUUUAUCAUUAUUACUCGAGUUAA